ACGUGCGUCGUCCAAAAUGCUCACGUGCCCCCAAAAAAAAACCGACUUUGCCCUCGCCCUUUCAUACCUUGCUCCCCACACAGACAUCACGGUGCGUGUGGAUGUCUGCGUGGAAUUCGCGGACGCUCUCCCACCGCCGUCACCGACUCCUCCUCCUCCCGCUAUAUCUGCUACUUCGAAUUCUCGCUCUCUUUCUUCAGCUCCAAGCUUCGUCUACCACAGCAACGUCUCUGAAAUUCAAACUAGCCUCUUUCAUCUUCUUUCAGUCAGAUCACAGUUGGGGUGCAUUCGCUCUCCCUCGAUCUCGAUUGUUUACCAUGCAGGACUCAGACGCACAAUCGUGUUCGUCCACUUCUUCGUCGUCCUCAUCGUCGUCCAACAACUUCCGUCGCCAGGACGACGGCGAAGGCGAGCACCACCUUGCCUGCAACACGCCGAAGAAGAAAGCCGGGCGGAAGAAGUUCAGGGAGACGAGGCACCCGGUGUACCGGGGCGUCCGCGAGCGGAAGGGCGGGAAGUGGGUGUGCGAGAUACGGCAGCCGUUCAAGAAGACGCGCAUCUGGCUGGGGACGUUCCCCUGCGCCGACAUGGCCGCCCGAGCCUACGACGUCGCGGCGCUCGCCCUCAGGGGGAAGUCGGCCCUCCUCAACUUCGCCGACUCCGCGAGGCUGCUGCCGCGCCCCACGUCCACCAGCCCGAGCGACAUUCAGGCGGCCGCCCUGGCCGCCGCAGAGGCGUUCCGGCCUGGCGGCCAGACGGGCAGCACGGGCGAAGUUAAGAGACAACGACAUCGAGACCAGGCCGCUGCGAUCGGUGGCGAAGAAUGUAGCGAGUUCGUCGACGAGGAGGCGCUGUUCAACAUGCCGGCGCUGCUGGCGAGCAUGGCGGAAGGGCUGCUGCUUAGCCCUCCGACGUGGCACCAAUCGUUUGACUGCGACGUCGGCGAAGAAUCGGAAGAGGCGGAGAUCAGGCUGUGGGAAGACUAGCUGGCUGGACGUGGACAAAAAGUUUGUCGACGUUGCAUGACAAAAGAAUAUAAAAGAUCUGCAUGGCGUCGUCGUCGUGGCUUCCACCCUUGGCGGCAGGAAUCAAACACGGCUGGGGCCACACGUCAAAGUCCUUCUGUACUUCGUACUUUUACAGGAAAGGGAAGACGCUUUCCUUUCCAGCUUGCACACUGAAUUCAUCUCUUCUGGUGCUCUGCAGCAGUCUUUAUCA